AUGGAGAAUUCUAGGAAAAUUGUUUUCUGCUCGAUGUUGAUUAUGAUGGGUAUUGUUUUUGCAGAGAGCAGAAACACUGUUCUUCACAGGGUUGGAGGUGGGAGAAACAGUUGGGCACCUAAUAUCAACUUUACUGAGUGGUCGAGUCACGAGCAGUUCUACGUGGGUGAUUGGCUAUAUUUUGGGUUUGAUAAGCAACUCUACAAUGUUCUGGAAGUGAACAAGACGAGCUACGACAAUUGCAUUGACGAAGACUUCAUAACGAACAUUACUAGGGGUGGUCGAGACGUGUUUAAUCUCACUGAGGCAAAGCCAUUUUAUUUCCUCAGUGGCAGAGGCUAUUGCUCUAAGGGAAUGAAAGUUGCAGUCUAUGUUUAUGAUUUUGAACCUCCACUUGCAGCCCCACUUCUGGUCUAUAAUGGUUACCCGAGGAUUAUCUGCAGUCAGACGAUCCAAUAUGUGCUGCUUGCUGCAGCUUUAGCGUGUUCCACUCUUUUCAAAUACAUCUGA